AUGUACAAGCUACUGGGAGGAUUGAGCAAGUACCUGAAGCCCCAGGAGAUCGUCACGGACUCCUUGGUGUUUCGUAUGCAUAAUCACUUCACCGCGGUGCUGCUGUUCACGUGCUCGAUGCUGAUCACAGCCACCCAAUUCGUCGGUAAUCCGAUCUCCUGCAUCGUCCCGUCGAGUCUGCCCUCGAAUGUCAUCAACACUUACUGCUGGAUAAUGUCCACGUUCACCAUGCCGGACGCGUUCAAUCGACAGGUCGGCACUCAAGUCGCCCAUCCAGGAGUGGGCAACGACUACGGAGACAUCACCGCGAGGAAAUACUACACGUACUAUCAGUGGGUCUGCUUCGUACUGUUCUUCCAGGCGGUUCUGUGCUACAUACCGCAAUGGUUGUGGAGCGUCUGGGAAGGCGGCCUGAUGCGAGCGUUGGUCAUGGGAAUGAAUUGCGGCAUGGAAAGCAAAGAUAACAUAGUGAAGAAGAAAAACGCUCUCAUGGACUACUUGAUGAUGCACAUCAGGAAUCACAACACGUAUGUAUAUCGGUACUUCGCCUGCGAGGUUCUGUGUCUCAUCAACAUAGUCGGCCAGCUCUAUAUGAUGAACCGAUUCUUCGACGGCGAAUUCUUCAGCUAUGGUUUGCGAGUACUGCAGGUCUCGGAUACACCGCAAGAGGAUCGAAUUGACCCCAUGAUCUAUAUAUUUCCCCGCGUUACUAAGUGCAUAUUCCAUAAAUACGGAGCUUCAGGCACAAUACAGCAGCACGAUUCUCUCUGCGUUCUAUCGUUGAACAUCGUCAAUGAAAAGACAUACAUAUUCAUCUGGUUCUGGUUUUUGAUACUGUGCAUCAUGCUAAUUUUCUUAAUAAUAUAUCGGGCGUUGAUCAUUUUCACUCCGAUGAUACGGCCGAGACUGAUGCACAUGUCGACGAGAUGUUUGCCCAUCGAGACUUGCCAGAGCGUCGGCAAAAAAGUUGACCUCGGCGACUGGUGGAUACUCUACAUCCUUUCGAGCAACAUGGACUCGCUCAUCUACAGGGAUUUCCUUAUGGAGUUCACCAAGAAGAUGAGUAAUAACAGCUCGAAGUCUGUGUAACCGCGUAAGCGUGAGAUUUUAAAUCUACGCGGUGUUUAUGUAUAGUACGAGAAUUACUUAGUUUAAAUGUACACCGAUAUACCCGGACUGAUUCGCACCUCGCGGCGCGUUCCUGCAAAUAUAGAAUCUUAAUAAUAGUAAUAAAAAAGGAUCAAACACAAGUCCUUUACGCUAGGAUCUUAUAUAAUUAUAUUUUCAUAUAUUGUAACGGGAUAUAGGUUUAGAUAUGCGAGAGGAAUUUAAAUUGGACUUUCUUUUUGUAAACAGUGAUUCAGGGUUACCAUUCAGUCCUUCUAACUUUUAAAAAUUAUAAGUGCCAAGAAAUACACAUUAUUGGUUAAAAGCAUGUCGUUGUUUUGCUUUAGUUACUUAUUUGUUUAAAAGUUAGAAGAAUUUUCUGAAUCAUGUAAAUAAUUAAUCCUUCUCAAGCAUCAUUUCUAAGUAUGUAUAUUUUAUGUUUACCACUUUAUAAAUACAUACUUUUAUAUAUAUUCCAUUUAUAUCUCGCGCAAAUGAAUAAUUCAAUCAGCAUAUGCAUGUAGCAGAUGCCAGUUGCUUGGGAAAGAUUAAUGAUCUCUUAUUGAGUCUCAUACGAAUGAGAUUUUUAAGAAAGCAGUUUUACAUUUACAAUAUCUAAAUAGAUGUGAAGCUAUAUAGAUAUAAUGGAAUAAUAGAUCGAAGAGAAGAGUAUUAGCCUAAAAAAAUAAUAUUAACGCAAUUUUGGUAUGGACAAGUAAAUAAAAUCUAGCUCAAUUUAAUAACAUUAUGUAUAUAAUGACAAACAUAUCAAAAGUGUGUCCUAACCUUAAGUUUUUUUUUAUUAAUAGAAUCAGAAAAACGAUGAAAAGAAAGUAUUUUAUUUUUAAAAAUUAAUUGAAUUUUAAGAUAGAAGUGAAAUAUUAAGUUUCAUAAUUCGAGAAAAAACUUUUGAAACUACCAUUGAUAUUCAAUAAUUCUUUUGAGUUUUGUUUUCAUAUAUUAAAGACGGUUAGAAUUUUCUUUCAUGAACACUUAUUUAAAACGUCACCGAAAUCACCGUCGUAUUUUAUAAAUAAUUAUUUUAGUUUUGUAAAAAAUAUCUGUAUCAUACUCUAUAGGUGUUUGCCGAUUGCUCAAAACGUAUCGACUUUUAUUUCAUUAGUCGCGUUCGAGAAUUCGGUUCGUCGGUCAUGAUGGCCUUGGAAAAAGGUGCAGCGUGUAAUCUAACUGUUAACAUCGGAUUAAGUAGUUUCCGUUGCCCGUCUGCAUGAAACGACCGAUGAAGUUGCAACUUAUCGUGACGUGCACGUUACGAACCUGUCGCGACGUUUUCAGCGAGACGUUUAUCCAUUCGACGGAACAGGCACUUUAUGAGUGAUAUACGCGUCAUUGCUAUUCCCUACACGUCAAUUAAGGGAGAAGAGGCUACAUUAGAAAAGUGCGUGAUUUGGCAUCAUAUGAAUCUCCGUUAGUUGUUAUAUAGCGCGAAACUCUGGACUUCAAUUUCAGUGGUAAAAGCUGAUUUUUUUUAAGCUGCUACCAUUGGUUUAGUGUCGAGUUUUCUUCCGAAGUUAUAUGCGAUUAAUAUACGAGCAAUAUUUUAUAUAAGAAAAACAACAAAUAAUAAAUUUAUAAUUAAUUGUUUAAGAAAAGUCGACUUUAAUUAUACACUGGAAGAAAUAAAUAUUUAAUUUAAAUAAAUAUGUUAUGUCCAGUCAGAUUAUUACAUCAAAUAAAUAAAUAUUAGUGGUUUGAUAUAAAAUAACUGUUUGAAUAAUACUAAUGACAUAUUUAUUUGAAUCGAGUAAUUUUUUCUAUCUAUGUAUAUAUCGUCGAGAUUGAGGCCAGGAAUUCCGGUACUGUCCAGUAUGUAAUUUGUUUUCUUUCUAUAAUUUUGUAGACGCAAAUUAUCCUCACAUUCCAAACGUGUACAUGUUUGUAUGAUACUUUCGCUGCCAACCGAUUGCGUUAUCUUGGACCGCAAGAAAACCGCAUUUGCAAUAUGGCCUUAGUACGAGUAGUUAUAAUGAUCACUACAAAUUGUGACGACCAAAAAUAUCGUAUGGAGAAUUGUCAGUUUUUUUUUUCAAGCUAUUUUAAUGGCCGCAUCGGUCUUCAUCCGAUGCGGUGGUCACAGUUACGUGCAUGUCUGUAUUAUCUUAUGUAAGAUGUGAUAAAUAGUGGUAACAUAUUUUCUCGAGAGACUAAAGAUAGAAAUUCAGAGGAGAUGCGGAAAAAAAACUUUAUUGCUGACCCAUUCAUCUUUGAGUGUCAGCAUAUUUUGCGCAAAAUUUUUUGCCCGUUUGUGUUCCACGGACAACACACUGUUGUUAGACAAGACUUCCACUUGAAAUCGUGGAUUUGUUCAUAAAUUUUCUAGAAUUAUAAGUUUUAUUGUAUCUACAUGCAAAGAUGUGUAAAAAUUAAAGAUUCUGAAUGACCUAAG